UGCCCUACUUCAGAUUCGGCUUCUGUUAAUGAUCCGAUCCCAUCGUCCUUGAGGUGGAUCUGGAUACUCAAGUCCAGUGAUCGGUGAACCCAAUUUCCAUCUCUUUCCCACCCAAAUUUUCUCGGAAACCAAACAGAAACUCAAGACUCCACCUGCAUGCAGAGUCUUCCAAGGCUGCGGACUCUCUCCCUCUUACAUCACAAGCCGCCAAAAUCGCUGUCCCAUCUCAAACAAAUCCACGCCCAACUCCUCACCAACGGCCUCAGAUCCCCUUCAAUUCUCGCCAAAUUGAUCGAAUGUUGCUCCGCGCUAUCCACCCCGCAAUCCACUGACCAUGCCCAUCUGGUUUUCACCCACUCCAGCGAUUCAGAUGUCUAUCUGUUGAAUGUUCUGAUCCGAUGCAUCAGUCCCAAAGACUCCAUUCUUGUUUUCGCCAACUGGGUCUCGAAGCUUGGCCCCGCAUUCGACGAGCGCACCUACGUUUUCGCUCUCGGCGCUUGCGCUCGGUCUUGCACCGAAUCGGCGUUAUGGGAAGGGAAUCAGGUACACGGUCGCGUGAUCAAACAUGGGUUUUUAUCGAGUAUCAUGUUGCAAACCACUGCAAUUCAUUUCUAUGGAAGUAACAAGGAUGUAGGUUCGGCGCGGAAGGUGUUCGAUGAAAUGCUUGUGAGAAAUAGCGUUACUUGGAACGCCAUGAUUAAGGCUUAUUGUUCCCAGAAAGCAAGUAUCGGUGGGCGCGAACACGCUCGCAAUGCGUUGGUUCUGUUUAAGGACAUGUUGGUUGAUGCCUACGGAGCGAAACCGACGGAUAAGACUAUGGUCUGUGUUCUGUCAGCUGCCGCUCAGCUUGGUGUUUUGCAAACUGGUUCUUGUGUUCAUGGCAACGUUGAGAAGACAAUUUAUGGCCCAGAAGAUGAUGUAUUUCUGGGCACUGGUCUCGUUGACAUGUACUCCAAAUGUGGCUGCCUUGAGAGUGCUUUGUAUGUAUUCAGGAGAAUGAAAGAAAAGAAUGUGUUGACUUGGACAGCUAUGGUGACCGGGCUAGCCAUCAAUGGCAAAGGCAAACAAGCUUUGGAGCUUCUGGAAGCCAUGGAAGCUGAGGAUGUAAAACCCAAUUCAGUGACCUUCACUAGCUUGUUCUCUGCCUGCUGCCAUGCCGGCCUUGUCGAAGAAGGACUCUGUUUGUUCACCCUCAUGGAGAACAAGUUUGGAAUCACACCUUUGAUGCAGCAUUAUGGCUGUGUUGUUGACCUUCUUGGCAGGACUGGGCAGUUGCAAGAGGCCUACAAGUUUAUAGAAGAUAUGGGUGUGGAGCCUGAUCCUGUUCUUUGGAAGAGUUUGCUCAAUGCUUGCAACAUUCAUGGAGAUGUUGUGAUGGGUGAGAAGGUGGGGAAGAUGCUUCUGCAGUUGCAGUCUAAGCAGAAGAGUGUUGUGGGCUUGGCUGAUUUGUGUGAAGACUAUAUUGCUUUGUCAAAUGUUUAUGCUGCUGCUGAGAGGUGGGAGGAUGUGGAAAUGGUUAGAGAUUUGAUGAAGGUUAAGGGGAUACGAACUAAGCCUGGCUCUAGCUCAGUUCGAUCUUCUUAUAGCCACCUGUUGAUUUGAAUGGUUGGGGAAUUGGGGAUUCAACUUGGGGAGCUGGGACCAUUUUCAGCCAAGUGUCUACCAGCUGCAUCAGCAGCAACAAGCUUUAAUCGAAUCGGGUUAAUUAUAUAAAUUUUAACUCUUAAAUCAUUUUUAUCAUUUUUAUUUACGGCAUUCAUUUUCUCAGCCUUGACUGAGAAGUGCAAGCAAACUUGUCUCUCAACAGUAAAUAGGUAUACUUCACAAUCAGUUAUUCAAUCUAACUUGGGAGAGCUCACUUGAU